AUGAGCGGUUUCAAGUCUCUUCCAGGGAAGCUCCCGUCUGCUCCGCUGAGGGCUCGAGCAGAACCUCUCAACCGUUUCUUGUCAAACUCAACUUACGAACUAUGCGCUCACGAACUCGAGGCUAUCACGAACCCUCAGCAAUUGUUCAAAAAUGAUGGUACUGACAACAUGCACUUCAGAAACCGUUACCACAUCCGAAAGAGAAUGGUAGACUUUCUCAGAAGUCCCGAGAGGCGCUACGUCGAAGGUUUUGUCCUCAUGGCGGCUCGCAAGGCAUUGAGACUUAGUCGAGACCCUAGCCCCAACGUGUGCGACGAUGAAUUGUCAGACACGUUGAAGGCAAUCCAGAAGCAGGUAGCCUCCUUCUACGUCAACGGCAAGAAGAUAUAUGAUACCAAGGCUAAGAUUUCAGCUGCUGCCACUGCCGAGGCCAAGUUUGGUAUCGAUGAGGCUGUUCGGAGUAUCUUCAAGAAACGAUCAAGAGAAGAUGAUACCGAUGCUGAGCGAGCUCGGAAGAAGCACAUGCCCGAAGGUUCAUUUACUAGUUCUCCUACACCCACACCCACACCUGAAGAAGGUGGUGCAGGCACCAAGUCAGAAUCGACUGUUCCUAGUCCUGCUGAGUCUUCUUCACAACCAAAAGCUAAUGAGCCCGUUGACUCCAUGGAUGGUAAAGGACAAGAUACGGAGGAUGCUAAAGAACCCAAGCAAGGUCCAGAGGAACCGGCUCCUACUGGUUCGUCCUCACCACCUGAAGACAAUUCAGCCUCCAAAAACAAACCACCACCAUGCAAAUUCGCAGCGUUCUGUGCCUCGACAAGGCUGACGUGUUCGAAAUCUCCUCCAUGCGACGUUGAGAAUAUCCUUCCCAACCUCAGGAACGGAAAGUUGCAAGACUUUUUCAGUAUGUGUCCCGAAUGUUCAAAGCAGUUGUGUAUAGCCGGUCUUGGGCCUAUGCCAGAGGGUGACAGAGCAGCACACCUAGCAGCAGCAGCAAGCCGUGAUGCAACAUGUUGGUUCAGCAAUAAAUUCUACGAACGAUCGGAAGGUUACACACUUCUUUCUGAUGAGAACCCUCUAAGUGAUUACUUCAGGACUUUCUGGGGUGUGCAAUCCUUUAGGAAGGCUGCAAAGGAAAUCUCCGACACUGUCGAACAAGAUCGGUCUAGUAGCCAAUGUAGACCAAGCACCGACGCCAGAGAAGACUUUGUGCCAUCUUCGUCUGCUGCCGCUGCUGCUAGUCCUGGAAGCGACGACACUGUUCCCGUGACUGCUGCGUGCAGCCCAUAUCCUAGCCCACCACAGACACCACAGUCCCCGGUGUUCUCUACUACCUCAAACGAUCCGCCUAGUCCACUAACGCCAAGCACUCCUGUGUCGUCAACUACAUCUAGCCACAGAUGCCUAAAGAAGCGAUUUGUCUCUGACCGUUCUCACCCAUACAAGCGGGACUCAUCAACAAAACCUCGAAGAAGCCCUCGAAGCAGUUUGUCGAACAUAUUGUCGAAUCAAGGUCAGAUUUUUGACGGGCUUCGACAUUCAUUGGGUCUCCUCAAGUGUCUGGUCCGCGAAGUCCCUCAGCCUACACCUCAGCUUGCACCUCACUCUGCACCUCUAGCAGCAUGCCCUACCACUUUCGAACCGAUGCAAUCAUUUGGCUUUCAGCAGGUAGCCCAGCCUCCUCAACAGACAUUAGACGAACACAUGGCAUUGGAGCCAGCCUGCGAGAGGAACAACGACAAAGAGCAAGGAAAAGCGCAACACAAGCACACAGCCAAGGGUGGCGGUAAUGCUGGCUCAACCAGCGCAGGGAAACGCAGCUUCGGCUAA